UUCAGAGCUAUCUACAUCUGGCCAGGUUUCCAGACCGGUAACGCAGUGCAGCUCGCGCUAGCUUUGGGCAGACCUUUCCUAGGCGACCAUUCGUUCCACAUUCCCGACCGCCAAGCGCUCACUUCCCUCCUCACCUUCAUCUUUGGUGCACUUCUCGCCCGUAUAGGCGACCGGGUUGGAUCGAAAUCCCGCGUAUGGCUUUUUUCAGGCUCCCUCGUGCAAGCCCUAUUUACUAUGGCUGCUGCAGUCUGCAUCUGGCGAAGUGGCGACGGGAGCGUGGCUUCGGACAGAGGUAGUCCUGCUUGGACGACGCCAUUAACUUACGUCGCCUUGGGAUUCAUCAGUGCUAGCUUGGGCUUGCAGGGUGGUAUGGCGAAGCGGAUUAACACCCAGUUUGCCGCGACAUUGGUGAUCACCACAAUGUGGUGCGAGCUCAUGGCUGACCCGAAGCUCCAUCACAUUCGUAAAUGGGUUUCAACGCGAGAUCACAAACUUGCCGUGAUAGGUUCCCUACUGGUCGGUGGCUUCAUGGGUGCCGUCUCGGUCGAAGCUAUCGGCUCAGCUGGUACCCUGGGCCUGGCAGCGGGCCUGCGUGCCCUCAUCGCCAUUGGAUGGGUUUUCGUUCCGGAUAGAGAGAAAAAGAGGCGAUUUAAGCCUGGGUUUCAUAGUUUGCACCUGCAUCCCGAGCAGAUGGCUGCUCUUGACAAGGAAACGAUAUGGUCUGCCAAAAUCGUCUGA